AUGCCCGACGUCUACAGAGCCCUGGAGGUUAUUCUAAGUAUGGAGUGGUCCUCCAAAGUUGACCUGUGGUCGGUUGGAGCCAUGCUUUGGGAUCUUUUGGAAGGGAAGAUACUGUUUCACGCGAAGACGGACGGUGUUCUUGAUGAUGAGCAACACUUGGCGGAAAUGGUGUCUCGAAUUUGCAACCCACCGCCCGAGUUUCUUUGCGACGCAGUGAAAUCUGCGCGAGGUUCUUCGACGAUGCGGGCAAUUGAAAACUCAAUUCCUAUCCCUAACUAG